UCAAUUUUUUUUUUGUUUUGUUUUGGCGUGGGCGAUGAGAAAUGCGUACUACGUGUAGAACAAGACUAGUGGCAAAGUUUCAUGGCAGUAUGGGGUGUUUGUUGUAGAGUUACUCUCCUUUACACUGAGUUUUAAAACAUGUUUCUGUUUGCAACAGUGCUCCAGACGAAGUCCGCAAAAUAACGUUGGCGUUUAAAGCUGUUUCAGAUCCCACUCUUAACGCCAACGGCCCGAAUACAGACGACAGGAGUUUGUGUCUACAAGAUAUUUACAAGCUGUGAAAUUUCCACUCUUGGCAUAACUGUCAGCGAAGAAGGCAAUCUAGACAAAUCUCUUAAUGUUGUCAAAGAAAUGACAUUAUCUCACUGUCAUUAUGCUCAAUGUUAAGCAACGGUUGCUGUAAUAUGUCUUAUACAAUAAAAUGGAAAUCACGAACGAGAAAUCUACCGUUAUUCCGGUAUACAGACGCCUUGCCGUCGACAGUGCCUGAAAGUGUCAAAUUUAGAAGAAGAAGAUGAUGAUGAUAAACAAAUGAAGCAAUAUGAUUCGACUGCAGUUGUUAAUAUUUACUUUGUGUCUUUUAGCAAUUUGCGUUAUUGGCUUAAUUGGACUGUUUACGAUCAUAGCGGAGAAUGAACAACCAUUCCUAAUCAGACCACGCCCACGCCAGUUCUACGAUCUUUAUCCCCUCGGUUUACAGCUGUUGAAUUUACCACAUUUUAGUUACAUCAUAAAUAAUGACAUAUGUGGACAGAAAACAGUUGAAUCAGUUUUGUUAGUUACUUCUCACUGCGGAAAUGUAGAAGCUCGGAGUGCUAUAAGACAAGCAUACCCCCAGCAUGAGUUAAUAAAGCUCGGAAUUCGCAGACUUUUUCUGUUAGCAGUAUCACUAUCUGUAAAUCAAAAUUCAAUACAUGACGAAAACAGAAGGUAUGCAGAUGUUCUUCAAGGAAGCUUUCUUGAAGCUUAUCGCAACCUGACAUACAAACAUGUGAUGGGACUGCAGUGGGCUGUACAUCACUGUCCACAAGCACGAUUUGUUAUCAAAAUGGAUGAUGAUAUUGUAGUGAAUAUGUACAAACUUUCUGAAAUAAUUUCAUAUAUUUCUGAAUCACAGAGAAAGGAUCUCCUUAUGGGUUAUGUACUUAAGGGGAUGGUUCCAGUUCGAGAACCUGCUAACAAAUGGUAUGUGACCCAUGAGGAAUUUGAUGGUAAUAUGUAUCCCCAGUUUCUAUCAGGAUGGAUGUACAUAACCACACCUCCAGUGAUAAAUAAACUGCUUUCUGCAGCUCAGAAGGAAAAAUUCUUCUGGAUAGAUGAUACCUUUGUCACAGGUAUUCUUGCCCAACAAGCAGGUGUUGAAGGCUAUAGAAAUAUAAGCAACAUGUUUACAACAGAUCCUGGUUAUCUGGAGUGCUGUCUCAGACACUCAGAUGUGUACUGUGAUUUUAUGGUUGGUCCAAGUGGAGGUGAUUACAGUUUACAAAUUAGAUUAGCUAUGCAUGCUAAAAGAUGUCGAGAUAUGGGAUCUUGCAAGAACAGAAGCCCUCAAAAUGCACUGAGAAGGACCUGUGUAAAUAAGGGCAGGCAGCAGCUACCUCUUUCUGGUGGACAAGGCUAUGUUGCUGAAGUAAAAAUAGGUUGAUUUUUUUCAGUGGAGGUGUAGGUUCACUGAUGGAUUUUCAAUUAACUAAUACAAAGAGAUCUAUUUUACUGAGUUUCUGGCUUGAUGCUAUUAUAGUGUGUGUAUUUUAAUAAUGGAUAUAAGAUUUCUGUAUAUGCAUACUAAUAUUUUGUCAUGAAAUAUAUUUUAUACAAUUUUA